AUGCAAAUCUUCGUCAAAACACUCACAGGCAAAACAAUUACACUUGAAGUUGAAGGCACGGAUACAGUUGAAAAUGUGAAGGCCAAAAUACAAGAAAAAGAAGGCAUUCCACCAGAUCAACAACGUUUGAUCUUUGCUGGAAAACAACUCGAAGAUGGUCGAACUCUUUCAGAUUACAACAUCCAAAAAGAGUCAACACUUCAUUUAGUUCUUCGUCUUCGUGGUGGUAUGCAAAUAUUUGUCAAGACUCUGACAGGGAAAACAAUUACUCUCGAAGUUGAAGCAAAUGAUACCAUUGAAAACGUCAAGGCUAAGAUUCAAGAGAAAGAAGGCAUACCACCAGAUCAACAACGUUUGAUUUUUGCUGGUAAACAAUUAGAAGAUGGUCGUACACUUCAAGACUACAAUAUACAAAAAGAAGCAACUCUUCAUUUGGUUCUUCGUCUUCGUGGUGGUUAA